CACUUGUGGGUCAAGUCACAUUCCUUGCGAUAUUUAAGGAAUGGCGCCUCAUAAUGCUCUGGGGAAAUGAAUAUUCAACAUGCAUCCUUCGUACAAUGGCCAAUCGCACACCAGGAAAUAAGUAUGACGUUAGUCGAUCAACCACCGGAGCGUCCGUCCCAAAUAGGAAGCCAAGAAAUCAAUUCCACAUUUACCGGCCACAAUUGGAUAAAAGUACCAAUUUAAUUCAUUGAACGGCUUACCUAAACAGUCGCCCACUGCAACUCAUUCUUGCAGAUUUCUAGCCUACUUUCCUUAGGUACCUUGCUAGUCUCCGAUCAGCGGUGUGUGACUCUAAAAGGCGCUGUUGGUUUUCCAGAAUGAACGUGCCAACAGUAAGUGAAUUCCAGGGGAGACUAGGUAGGAUUGGUCCCGGUGCUCAUGGAGGACUUUUCAACAUUUAUAAGCUUCCUCUGCCUGUGGUGAACUUACAUCAAAUCGGUAUCUACCUCGAAAAUUCAGACCAGCUUCGUGUUCUACAAUUCAUCAAGAAAAACUUCCUCCAUCCCAUUCUUGACUAUCAUACUCAAGAUGCGUCUCCAAUCUCUCGCCAUGACCUUUGGUCUUGUGGCCAUUGCGGCAGGAAUUGAGACUCACGGUUCUCCUCCUGUUGACUUCGAAGUCCGCCUCCUCGGUUCCAGCGAGCCAUUGACCACCCCAAUCAAGGACUCCUACGAGAUUGAUGCCGCCUGCAUCGCCUACGACCGCAUCAAGUCCACAGAUCUGGGCAAGCAAUGCGCCGUCCCCUCCGACAAGAACCUUGCCGACAAGCGCAACGCAGUCUACGCUCUCAAGGACUGCAUCAUCGAGAAGUCCGACGACGAACGCAUCUUCUUCGACCUCCUCUCCAAGGACAUCAAGAAUGCCGACAAGUUCUGGUCCAAAGUCGUCAAAGAGUCAGACAAGAACCUGGCUUCCUGGAUCGCAGCCCGUGCCAAUGUCAAGGCCUACUACGGCUCGACGCUCACGGCUAUUCAGUUCGCCGGCUGGACAUUGUCACCUUUCGCUGAUGCCGCGAACCUCCAUGGUAAUCCAGAGCAUUACUACAAAUCCACACCUAGCAAUGCUACGGAUACGCAUUCUGAGAUCUUGGAGGGCUGGGGUGGCGUGACAUCCAAGAUUGGCAUGCAGAGAACUCAUUUCAAUGUCCCUUCUUAUGCUAUCCCAAGCUUCAACAACAUCCAGUACCCCGCAUCCUGGGACCAAGGUCCACAAUUCUUGCUUCCUCUCCAGAGAGCUGGAUUGAAGCAAUUGAUGGACGGAACGACAUUCGGUGUCCUGCACAUUGCGGUUCGGGACUUGAGUGCUGCGGAGGUAGCGGAGGCGGGUAAGGCGGGCAUUGAGAUCUACUCUGCGGUUUGGUAUCCGGCGUGGGAGGGUGCGAGUAGGAAGGAUAGAGAGGAGUUUGGGAGAUUCUUGCAGGAUGAAGCGGAGCAUAUGGUGGUUGAGAUUGUGAACCUCACGUUGCAGGCGAGAAAGGACUUGUCACCCAAGUAGUUUGGUUCACACGGCGUCUAAAUCGGACGUUCGUCAAUUGCAUUAGCUGAGAGAAUAGAGCACAGAAACCCCUUGGCUUCAGAAAACAAACUGUCUUUAUCUGAAUGUUGUGCAUUGUCGACAUCGUGAUGAGUAUUUCACACAUUGCCGUACUUAUCUCAUGUAGUGGGGAAUAGAAGUGCAGCGUUUUGCCUUUAAACCGAUAGAGCACCGCUGCCCUGAGCGUGUCUGCUGCGUGGGAAUCAUCAAGGGCACAGCUCCAUGGAUGUGGCAGCUAGAUAAUUAUUGUAGUAUAUGCCUCUUUAUGAUAAAGUGACUUUAGUCUCAAGAACAAGACUUUCGGCUUCAG